AUGCAAGACUUCGCCAAUCUAGCUGUGGAAAAUACCCUUAGUUUUCCACAUCCAGAACGUGUGAUUUUCAAUGGAGGCAAACCUGUCAUUUGGGAUACAGUUUUCAUAGAUGACGCUUAUACAAAGUUAUCCUACGAUUAUUUGUCAAAAUUGAUGGAAUUUGACAACAUAUUUUUGAAGGAUUUGAAUUUGAAAAACAAAAUCAUCACAAGCUCACUACCGUUGGAAGAUUGUCCGUUCUACAGUGGAUCGGGAUACGUUCUUCUUGGCGGAAGCACUUACUCUUGGUAUUCUUUGUUGGCAGUCCAGUCUCUGCGAAAAGUCGGAUCCAAAAGGCCCAUCGAGAUUAUCAUUCCAAACAAGCAUGAUGUGGAUGAGCUCCUUUGUGAGACGGUUUUCCCCAUGUACAACGCAAAAUGUGUGACAUUUGAGGAUGUGUUUCCGAAGCCGGUGUUGAAGAAACUAAAUGCUACGGGAUAUCAACUCAAAGCUCUUGCAAUAUUAGCAUCUUCAUUUGAAAAGGUCCUGUACCUUGACUCGGAUGUAUUUACUGUCGAAAACCCAGAUACACUGUUUGAAUCAGAGCUAUUCCAACACUAUGGUUUGAUCACAUGGCCUGACUUCUGGCGGCGUACCACAUCUCCGGCACUAUAUACAAGUCUGGGACUCAAGUUCUCUUGGAAGCCUGUCAGAUUUUUGAAUGAUUACUUCACACCGAACGAGCUCCUGUACCAGAGUAAAGAAUUGAAAAAUCCAAAGCAAAAUGUGAAUCUACACGAUUUGAAAGGCACUUUACCCGAUUGGUCCACAGAGGCUGGCUUGUUAUUGGUUAAUAAAUCUACCCACUUUAGCACCCUUCUUCUUGCUUUAUAUUACAAUUUGAAUGGCCCAGCUGGCUACUAUCCGUUACUUUCACAGGGAGGAGCUGGUGAAGGUGAUAAGGAAACAUGGUCGCUGGCAGCACAAGUCCUUGAUAAGCCUUGGUGGCAAGUAAAUAAUCAACCGGAUAAGACAUACGGAAUUUGGUUGAGGGAUCGAAAUUGGAUUGUUGACUCCUGCAUUAUUCAGGUUGAUCCAAUGGAAGACUUUGAAGGUGUUUUGGGCUUGACCUGGAUACAGGAGUAUUGGAGAAAAGAGAUGAUUGAUCGAGGUGGGUACGUUUACAACUAUGACUAUUCAUUCGGUAAACAAGGUUACGAAUAUUCCAAAGUCAUGGGAGCAGCAGAUAUGUUCUACCAUCUUCACAGUCCAAAACUAGAUCCUUGGCACUAUGUUCUUGACGAUCUAUUCAUUGACAUGAACAACCAGCCCAUGAGAAAUUUCGGGACUGUUUGGACUCGUUUGGGUUGGGACUUUGAAAAAUGGAUAUGGGAAACUGUACGGGAAGACAUGUGUGAUAGUAAAAAGGAUAUCGAGAGUUGCUUUCAAGGUAGGGACUACGAGAGAGUUUGUAACGGAGAAAAGGGUCGACUUGAUAAACGAAUAGAGUGGUUGGAAAAAGAUGGGAAAUCGGCAUUGAAAAAUUCAGGAAAACCGCCUUCUGGGUGGAAAUUGGAUGGCACAGAGCGUUCUCGGAUACGAGAUUUUGUAGAAGAUAGGUGGAACGAA